GUCAUGUUCAAGUUCGCCGUCGCACGGUCCUCUACCAGUCUUUGCAGAAAAUCGUGGACAACGGGGCUUGGACACAGAUUUAUAUCGAAUGAACCUACUCAUGGAGAAGCAUAUCUGCGUCCGGUCGCCACACACCCAGGCGUCGCCGCUCUUCUUCUGAAUCGCCCUGCGAGCAAGAAUGCCAUCUCGACUCGACUUCUGAAGGAACUCACUCAAUGUCUUGAAGAGGUGCAUUAUGACAAUAGCAUCCGCGUACUUAUUCUCGCCUCGAGUGUACCGGGCUCCUUUUGUGCUGGUGCAGACCUCAUCGAACGACGUUCCAUGACACAACUCCAGGUCUCCAGAUUCCUCAUCGAUCUUCGAGACGCUCUUGGAAAGCUAGAGAAUCUGCCCAUGCCUACCAUCGCUGCCAUUGACGGCCCUGCUCUAGGCGGCGGGCUUGAACUCGCGCUCGCUUGUGAUUUGCGCGUAGCAGGACGCACUGUAGCGCACAUAGGGCUGCCCGAGACGAAGCUGGGAAUCAUCCCUGGUGCGGGUGGCACUCAACGAGCGACUCGUCUGCUAGGCCUAGCCAAAGCGAAAGAUCUUAUCUUUACGGGUCGUUCACUGGAUGCAUUGGAGGCGAAAGAAUGGGGUCUCCUCAACUACGUUGCUGAUGAGGGAACUACAGGGAUGGAUCGUGCAUUGGUCUUAGCCAAACAAAUAGCCGUCAAUGCUCCGUUGGCCCUUCGUUCGGCAAAGCUCGCUAUCUCUCGUGCGCCCGAGCUUGCUUUGGGUACUGGCCUGGACUUUGAACGCGCAGCAUACGAGCCUCUAUUGAAGAGCAAGGAUCGCACAGAGGCGCUUCAGGCUUUCAAGGAGAAGAGACUGCCUUCAUUCACGGGCGAAUGAACAGCGUGAUUACUGACGCAGCAUCAGUAUACCCCGUAGUAACGGUUGAGACUUUAUCUGGGAGGACAUGUAUUAUAUGAAUAAGGUGGCAAUUAUGCUCAUGCC